AUGAAUGGUAGAUAUUCGUUAAUUAUCAAAACUAUUGAUGCAAGCAAAUACACUGCUAACGAAAUUAUCAUCACUAUUUUUAGGAUUAAAUAUUAAGUACUGAUGAACUAUCUAGAAGAGUUGAUUCGUUUAAAUAAGAAAUAAAUAAAGAAAAAACAACAUAUGUGUUAAGAAUUCAAAAAAAAUGUGUAAUAUUUUUCACUUAUCAUCCAAUCUCCUUGCCUUUGUUUAAGGAUAUCAAGAAGCUAUUAAGGUGAAUUAUAUCCAAUAAGAUCUCCCACAAGUAUUUGA